CAUAAGAGCCACUCUCUUGCACACACUCAGACACACACACACACGCUUGCCAGCAGCCCAGCAAACAGGCCGACACACACGCAGCUCCAGUGACCAGCUGUAAGACACAGGCAGCGAAGGACACCGCCCAGCCAAGUGGUCAGGAUGGAUGUUCUGAAGAAGGGAUUCUCCAUCGCUAAGGAGGGAGUGGUAGCAGCAGCCGAGAAGACCAAGGCCGGGGUGGAGGAAGCCGCUGCCAAAACUAAAGAAGGGGUCAUGUAUGUGGGUACAAAGACAAAGGAAGGUGUGGUCUCAAGUGUGAACACAGUUGCCCAGAAGACAACUGAGCAGGCCAAUCUUGUGGGGGAGUCAGCAGUAGCCGGAGCCAACCAGGUAUCAGAGAAGGCUGAGGAGGGUCUGGAGAGUGUGGUAGCGUCUACUGGACUGGUCAACCCGGAUGAACAGCUGGACACUGAGGCAGAAGUCUCCAAGACCGAAGGAGCAGCAGAGCAGCCCACAGACGCAGGACAGUAGGGUUGUUGCCUCUAGGAUCCAUGCCUCCUAAACAUGGUCUGCUGGCUGUUCAAUAUGAGUGUCCAUGUUAACUGCUGUCCACACUUUACCAUUACCUGUAUUCUGACCCUUCCAACCGCAGAGCCAAUAGUCCGUUCUGAAGCUUUUUAAUGUGACUUGAAAAACACAGUUCUGAAAGUGAUCCAUAAACAGUUUUAUCCCUUUGGAGUUUGUGAGAAGUAUUGUUCUAUAACGAUCAAUGUGUAGGAGAGCGCCUCCUGGCAUUUGGCCACCUUUGCAGGUCUGUUGUAUGCACCCUCCAUUUCCCUAUCUCCUUUUCAGUUGUCAGACUUUUACAGACGUUGGUAAUUGAACUACAGCAAGACAUGAGCAAGAACCCCAAACCAAACUAGCUCUGAGGUCUUUAUCUGUCCCGCUUCAUCUUUUGUGAAAGCGUGGUCUUAAAUGACCAACUCUUAGAGAUCUGUCCUUCAUACUCAUCUAUCAGCAUAGAUAUAAACACAUACCACACUCAAAAAGAUACAUAUAAGCUAACUUUCCUACUGAUUCAGCUCUGUUUGUGCAUUAUUAUAACACCUGUGUUUAUUAUUAGCUUGAGUUUAAGAGCCUGUGUGUUAUACUAACCCUGUGUUCUAGAGCCUGAUACUGUAGAGAAAGAUGGGUAACAUGUUACUUGAACCCUGAUACAUAACAGUGACAUAAUCAUGCCAUAAACAUGUCAUGGCAGAUGUCAUAUCAUUGCUGUCCAAAGAAAAACAAGUGUUAAAAUAAUACGUUUAUAAGAGAGGGCCAAACCGUCCUUUACUUUUAAUGUAAGUUAAUGUAAAGAGAUUUUAUUCCAAGCAGUUUUUGAGCAUUUCUAUUGGGCCGUUAUCUUGAAAUUUUCACACAGUAGAAAAGGCAACUGCUGAGCUCAAAUGAUAAUAAAAAAUUGAAAAAACUUUAUUUUUUUGGACUGUGAUGAUAACGCUGUCAUGACAGAUUUUGUUCAGUAAAAUAACAGUGUAAUGUUACCAUUACUAGUAAUUGUCAUGACAUAAUGUUUGAUAUCAUGACAGAUUGUGUCCCAUGCAUUUUUUUACUGUGUUCCCCAGUUAGCCAACAUUACAACAUAAGUCUUCAAAAGGGGGGAUUCCACUGAUUUUUCACAAAACCAUUUGCUGAAUUAAAUGGUUGAGAUGUAAACAGUCAUUCAGAGUGGUUUGAUGUGAAAUUCUCUGCUCUAGAGAAACUUACAGAGUCAGAAUCGUUCACACUGGCGGUGGUGGGACGUCUGAAGAGUUUAAUGCCUCUAAAAGCUCCCUCACAGACAGUAUGUAGAUUUUAAAUAGUAUGGUUAUGAAUAUGCUGCCUGAUACCUGAGAUAUUGUUUUACAAUAGUUUUGAGAUUUAUGAGGUUUUUCUGGCAGCGAGGUACAAGCAGGACGUUAUAAUGCAAAAUAGUCCCCAAAUAAAACUUUCCUUUUUUUCAGAUUUGCCACUGUUUUACUUUUCAUCAAUAUCACAUAAUAAAACUUCCGACACAUCUGUGUUCACUGGUGGUUUUGGAUAGUAAAUAAAAUUGCUGUAUUUGUGAUGAAGACAUGGUGACACCUGGUUCCUAUCAGCAACACUGUAAAGAAAUCUGAACACUAAACACUAAUCUAAACACUACUUAUCUAAACACUACAUAUCAAACCUCUCUGAAUGACUCUGUUCACAUCUCAAUGCUCGAAAUAUGCAGAAAAUUUUAAAAAUCAGCAGAAUUCCUCUUUGAUGAUAACAUAAAACUGGUAUGUUAUUGGGCAUAAUCUGUUAUGACAGCAUAUUGCAUCUAAAAUGACAGGUUAAUGGCAUGGUUAUGUAAUGUUAUGCAGCUACCAAAAUAUGACAUCAGGCUUUUGGAUUGGAGUGUAAAUGAAGGCACAGCAACAUUCCAGUUAAAAUGCCUCAUUUGAAGUAAUUAAUACACUCACAGUGUUUUUCUGACUGCACAGAACGCAAGACUGGACCGCAACAAUGGGGAGAGUGUGUAAAACACUGAUAAUGAUGGGCUCAGUUUGUUGUAGCUGCUCUAGGACAAGCAAUGCUAUUGAGUUGGGUUGACAAUGAUCAGUAUUAUCUGUAACUGUUUUUUUUUUUAAAUACAGUUUUAGUCUGGCUCCUAAAGCUACUCAGCUUACUAAAAUACAAAACAGCCUGCUAGCCCUUCUGCUUCUGAAGACAGAAAGACAUGAAAUACUGAGAAUGGGACAAGUUGUGCAGAAGCAAUGCAUGUUGCCUUAGACACAAUACACAAACUGAUCAUGACUGCAGUGACUCACCAUCUGUAAACUCACCUUCAGGCUGUCUUUUUGUUUUUUAUGAAUUCUACGACUCAAAUACAUGUUUUGUUAAAAACCAAAA